ACACUCUUUUUUCUCUCCAUUGCCGUUGACUGAUUCCCCUCUUUCUUUCUACAAUCAUGUAGUUUUCACCUUUUUUUUUUUCUUUUGGUUAUUUAGAACAACCCAAUCAAACCAUUACAAGCAGUUGGAACCAAUGUUAUAUUAUAAAAUGAUUUCUUGUUUAGCUAUUUAAGAGACCCUAAACCCCAACAAACAUGGGUGAGCUUAACUCUAUGGCUUACACUAGUAGCAGCCUCCAUAGCCCUUCCCUAGGUUGGGAUCUUCAAAACCUUGGAGUUCUCAACGCAGACAUGUCUUUAGUCAUGGAUGGAAGUGGAACUGCCCCAUUCUUUCCACAUCUAGACUCUGAUUUCUCUUCUGGGUAUCUGGAAGAUGCAUUGCUUGAAUUCACUGAACCAUCCAAACGAAGACGCCUCUUGUUGUACAAUGAUCAUAAUCAAUUCAAUGGUUUAAAUGAUCUUGCCAUGGGAUAUUGGAAUUAUAGCUGCAACUGGGGCCUAUCUGAGAAUUUCAGCUGCAUGAGCCAGUUAACAAGCAUUAAUGGAGUUUCAGAUGAACCAAUGAGCACAUCGGUGAGCAGUGAGGAAGCAAACAUUGUCACGGAGAUAAAAACACCAGAAGAGGCAAUACCACGCAGCCCUGAAGAAGCUUUUGAUUCAUCAUCUUCUUCUUACAAAGUAUCAACAGCCAAGAGCAAGUCAUUUUUCAACAAAGACACCCAAAUUUCUUCUGGAAGUGAGGAUAAGAUGAAGAAAAGGGUGAUAACAAGGGUUGUUUAUCCAUUUGCAUUGGUUAAGCCCGGAGGGAUAGAAGGGGAUAUGACACUAAACGACAUUAACGAAAGGAUUCUAAUGCCACCGACAAGGCCGGUAAGGCACCCAGUGGGGGAUUUCGCUUGUAGGCCAUGCGUAUCUGCGGAUGGUCCUGGGCUUUCUGGAAAAGCUGUGGUGGCCCUCACCAAAAUACACACUCAAGGGAGAGGCACCAUCACUAUUAUCCGAACCAAAGGUUAAGGAAAGUCAAUUUCAAAAACUGGUUUCUGCUUGCUUUUUCUUUUUUCUUUUACUUCUUCACCAUAGUUCACGCUUUUGUUUGAAAUUGUAUAGGAGGAGAGGGAGGAGGUGUAUGAAUCAUGCAUCGAUGUAAAAUAUCAUCCACUUUUUUUUCUUUUUACACACAUUAUAGCUACCGUUAAUUGUUGGGUUUUCAUGCUUAAAUUUAGAUUUCUACCUUUACGAGGGAAAAGAAGUUAAAUUAUGCUCUUA